AUGGUGAUGACGAGGCGCUUUAUGGACGGAUCCGGUUCGAGAUCAGGAUUAGGGGACAGAGGCCAGGAGGGGCCAACAGCACCGGAGCCUAUGGUGCAGAUGGGUACAGAGGAGUUGGAUGCCAGGAUUCGAGAAAUCCUGCAUGAUGAGGUUGCUACCAUGUUCCGGGCUCAGCUACCGGAGAUGUUUGGGUCUAUUAAGACCGCUAUGGUUGAGUACUUUGACGAGCGUUACGCAGCCCUUGCAGAGACGGCUGCCGCUGCAGCUGCAUCGGCUGUAAUAGCGGCAGGAGGAGGUGGAGCCAGUCGGGGCUUCCAGUACCGGGAUUUCGAUAACACGAAGCCCCUGACAUUCGAUGGUACCCAGGAUCCGAUUAGAGCUAUGAGGUGGUUAUCUGACGUGGAGGGCUGUUUCUUCACGUGUUCAUGUCCUACUGACCAGAAGGUCAGAUGUGCCCUGAACCUGCUGAGGCUCGGGGCCAAGGACUGGUGGAGGUUGACGACAGGGUCGUACACUGAUGAUCAGAGAGCUGUUGUUACUUGGGAGCAGUUCAGGGAUAUGUUCCACGCCCGAUACAUUCCUCGGGUUGAGCGGGAACGAUUGGCUCAGGAGUUUUUGAGUUUGAGACAGGAUGGAGAGUCGGUGACGGAGAUCACCCGGGUAUUCACGGAGAGGGCGAUGUUUUGCCCGAAGUUCGCAUCGGAGCAGGCUUAG